AUGUCUGACCAAGGAAGUGAUAGUGUUAAGAAAAUUACAAGUUUUAACGGUCGUGUUUCUAAGGAUGGAUCUGGCCAAUUUCCAGCACAGAAAGGUAGAUACCAUUUGUAUGUUAGCUCAGGUUGUCCCUUUGCACACCGAACCAUGAUUACAAGAACGUUGAAAGGUUUAGAAGAUAUCAUUACGAUGGAUAUUACACACUGGUAUAUUCAUGAAAACGGUUGGUUUUUCGACGAGACAGUAGAUACGUGUACUAAAGACACAGUUAAUGGCUUCAAAUUUUUAAGAGAGGCUUACGAACAGACUAAUGCAAAUUAUAGCGGUAAAAUUACUGUACCCGUACUUUACGAUAAGGUUAACAAGGUCAUCGUUAAUAACGAAUCUGCCGAAAUUAUGGAAAUUCUAAACAGCGAAUUUAAUGAAUUUUGCUCUACUCAAGAGCAAAAGGAUUUAAAUUUAUAUUCUAAAGAGCAUGAAGAAACGGCCAACGAGCUAUUAAGCUGGAUAACACCGAAUAUCAUUACUGGACCUUAUCGUGUUGGAUUUGCUACUUCGCAAGAAAAUUACGACAAGGCUAGCGAUUCCCUGUAUGAAAAUCUUGACCGAUUGGAAAAACACCUAUCCAAAAGUCGCUACUUGACCGGAAAUUCAUUCACACAUGCUGACAUCAAGUUAUUCGUAGCAUUGGUUCGCUUUGAUCUUGCCUUUUACACAAUCUUCAAGUGCAAUUUCAAGCGAAUCGCUGACUAUCCAAAUAUCUGGGGUUAUUUGCGAGAUCUUUAUCAAACUCCCAGCUUUGGAGAUACGGUCAACGCUGAUCACAUCAGGAAAAUGUACUUUUUGAGCGACCGAAAGCAGAAACCAACUAACAUUCUUCCCAGAGGACCCGUUGUUGAUUUCUCAGGCAAACAUGGACGUGAAGCUUUAGCAUCAGCAUAA